AUGGUGCUGUUGACAAUGAUUGCCAGGGUGGCUGAUGGUCUGCUGCUGUCCGCCUCUGUCCAGGAGGAUGAACAGUCUGGUCGCAAUCUAAUGGAGUAUCAAGCGCAAGCCAAGCAGUUGUUUCGCAAAAUUUCCCAGGAUCCCAACCCUCCCGUCAGAUACACUUUAGAAUCAGGACAGUACUUGUUUCACUACCUCAUAGAAAGAAGUGUCAUUUACCUGGUUCUCUGCGACAAGACCUUCUCUAGACGGUUAGCCUUCUCCUACCUAGAAGAUGUCCAGCAGGAGUUCAACUCCCAGUAUGGUUCACGGAUCGACACCGUCACUAGGCCUUACUCCUUCAUUGAAUUUGACACAUACAUGCAAAAAGCAAGAAAGUCUUACAUGGACUCCAGGGCGAGGCGUAACCUUGGACAGAUCAAUACGGAGCUGCAGGAUGUCCAGAGGAUCAUGGUUCAGAACAUUGAUGACGUGUUGAUGAGAGGCGAAGCUUUAUCAGUUCUGGACACCAAGGCCAGCCACUUGUCCAGCCAGUCCCUGAAAUACAAGAAAGAUGCCAAAUAUCUGAACAUGAGAUCAUCGUACGCUAAAAUUGCUGCGGUCAUUGUUGUGGUCAUCCUCUUCCUUCUCUUCCUUCGUUACUGGAUCUUGUGA